AUUAUUUGAAAUUGUCGGGUGCCACGUUUUUUAUAGAUGGGGUUACUCACUCGUCCAGAUUUCACGUUUAGAUUAAUACCGUCUGAGAAAUUGCUCUUACGUGUGAUAUUAUGUUUAUUUACCUUACAUACAACCUUUAUUUACCUUGAUAGCUAUAGAUAGAGCUACCUGGCGAAUACGAAUGUGUGUGUGCAUUAAAAUUCCGCUGGUCUAUUUAUGGUCGAAAUGAAAUCUUUAUAUAGGCAGUGCUAGGACAGAUCGGUGUAGGAGACAGCGCGUGUCGCGCGCGCGCGCGCGAUGUUAAACACACAGUUCUUGGUAAAGUGAUGUGCCACAUGCACUUGAUGAGAUGUUUUACGAUUAACACGAAUCCUCAUUUGCGCACCCUGACCGCCAAACCGUUUAUGCAGCACUGCUUAUUGAUCAGUGAUGAAGUGUCUUACACUCUAAAAUGAACUUUUUUUAUUCGAUAGUUGAUUUUAGCAGUGCAUAUACGUAACAGUUCAAAACAGUUGUGGUCCUGCAAAAAGAGUAUCUAGACAUCGAACUUGACAGUGGUACUCGGUGCUUACUUUUAGGAUUUUCUCUGAGGAAGUCCAAUAGAAUUCCGUAUUUCUGAAUCAAUUGUUGAGGCGAGGAUUGGCCAGCAAGGCCCAAUAAAGGAUGGCGGAACACAUUAAGCAGGCAGAGAAGAGACCAAAAAGCGAUUUGAAGGAUUGUCAAGAAUCAUCGAGUUCCUCACAGGACUCGCAAGAUCAUGAGAUACCGUCAACUCCGACAAAACAAAUCGUUGACCAGAAGGAAAGUAAUGCCGGUUUUGACGCUGCAUGGGGCGUAACUGUAUUAGAAGAGGUAGCCGAUCUUAGCGUGAACCUGAGGAAUGUCCAGUUUGUUCGGAUACCUUGCGACAAUCCUGAGGAUUCAGCAGAUGAUGAUAUCGAUUCAUUGGAUGACAGCUUAGACAGCGAUAGUUGUGACGAGUGCAGCUGUCACUCUGUGAGUGAUACAGAGGAGCCUAGUGCACCUUUUUUUGAAAGCCCACGGUUAACGCCAUCAAAAACCAGCGAUCAGCUCAAUACCAAUUCCGAUUACUGGAGCAGAAAUGGUCAGCCUGAGGAGAGAGGCCCUGAUGUCAUUUGCUUUCGAGGCCUUGAAAAGUUGAACGGGAUUGCGCGGGCCAUUGCAGAAACACAGAGAACAAACCGUCUUUCAGAUUACGCCAUUGUCGGACCCUUCAGCUAUGUUGAUGUGUAUUCCGAUCCGGAAUUGGAGCCAGCGGAAGUGUGCAUGACGGCCGACGAGCUAGAGGCGUCGGUGGAUCCUACCGUUUUAGAAAAGUAUUUCAACGAGUUUAGCUGUGGCGCCGACGAUGAUGGGUUGGAAGCGAAGGAGCGCACAAAAGACAAUUACGCUAACAAGUACGGGUGAUAUCGGACGCUCGCAAAUACCAUGAACGACGAGCAGUCCGUAGGCGUCAGGCCAUCAGGUCAUGAGUGUGUGAAGAGCGAAGAUCAAAAGCGAUUUUUGGCGCAAAUAAGCUUCCGACAAAGAGAGAGCAGCUCCCAUAUUUUAAGAGACUAACGCUGCAGUUUGAUUAGAGCAAAGCAAAAACUAGCUGUUGAAUGCUACGAAACGCCACCAAGAGACUUCUAUAGUGCAUUUAUGGUAGGAUCACAGCACGAAAGCUGUUGUAUUCACCUUCGUUGAUGCAAAUCUACUGGAUGAAUAAUCUACGAUGAAAAGCUAGUGCAUUUCGUGUAUAAUACGGUGCGUUUAGGGUAUGGGAAGGUAAAAGCACCGUAUUAUUUUGCACCGCUUAUCUGAACCGCAUAGUGCAUUGCUCUGUUUGUAAAUUCAUGUACGAUUCCAAAAACAUUCGAACUCAUAGGCAUACAUACUGAUUUGUUUCAUUUUGAGAGAAAAUUGGAAAGAAAGUUGAUAGUUUGAGCAAGGUGUGUAAGAAUACAACAGCCUAAAUCUGGAGUGGAUAUUAAACUUGUGGAUUUAGUUAUGAUUUAUAUCGUACGGUUAUUCAAUCAGCAAUCUUUAUACCACGCACGUGUUGACGCUUAGAGGCCACAGUUCUACGACCAAGGCAUUUUGAAGAAACUCUUGACAUGAGACUUACUAGUUUGUCUUGCCGUACUCUCUAAGACAAAAAUCGCUGGCCAGGGGAUGAUGCAGCGAGGUAAUGCUUUACGUCCGGCGUCACAGUAUAAAAUGGAACCUUCAAUUGUAAACGGAGCCCGCUGAAGUUAUUUUACAUCAUAACCAAAUCAUAUUCACCAUGGAUACGAGUGUUUGUCGUCUGUAAUACAAUUAUUGCGCCAAUUGUGUAUCUUACUAUGAAUGGCCUCUCCUAUAGAACACACUCUCAUCAUUUACUUAAAACGUUAUGUGUACAUUAUGUUUUUCAAGAAAUGUGAAAAGCGAGACUAAGUAGCACUUGCUUGAAAUUGGCGUGUGAUAUGAUUCAUUAACGAUUAGGGUUAUUUUAGAUAAACGAUAUAUGUUUAACAGCGCCGGGGAUGCGAAAUAAGGUUGAGCAGUGUUACAUUUGAAGGCGCUGGUGGGUUGUAACUCUUGCAGGCAACACCUAGUCAAGAAGUUCCUGGUUCUGAGAGAUGACAGAGGGCCUCCUGGUGCAUUUGCCUAUUAUGGGUUGCUAUGUGCGAAUAUGUUCGUUUAUUUAGAUGUGUGUGUAUAUAUGUAAGAGUAAUCAUAUAUGAUCAUAUGUAAUCGCAUAUACGCACGCAUAUGACCGCUAAAACAUACAUAGCAUUGUAGCGGCCGUACGUUGAAAUAUUAUAUAAGAGAAGUCAAUAAAAGCACAAAAAGGUUAUUUUCUUCGAAAAUAAUAAGUUUUUGAAAACGCCCUUAUCAAACCGAAUCUCACAACGAAUCUCAGGUAGUUAAAUUAUAUCAGUUAUUAAAACACGCAUAGACCAGGAAAUAAAUUGCUUUUUUUUUUUAAUAAAAUUUGGUGUAUAUUUUUUCAGGCUUAAAAAGUCAAUUCAAAUAAAGUAAAGGUGUGUAUGUCUGUCUGUUAUGGAAUAAACGGUACUAGGUUUAAUGAGUAGAUUGUAUGUCAGCUUUGCACGGUAUAUUCCUUCGCUAAAAGAACUACUAUAGCUUAUUUGGUCCAUAUACGCAGGAUGUUCAGUGCACAUAGUACACGGGAAGAGGACGUAAAAAUAGGUACAUUUCCUCACAGAUUAGAUUGCGUCUCCGAAAAAAGUUUUAAGAAUCAAACAAGCGACGUAGCUGACUCAGAAGUGACAAAUGAAUGGGUUAACUGUUUCCCGUGUGCGAAAAUAUCCAAACGGAAUCUCCAAGUGUCUUUUUGAAACGUAUAUUGGAGUUCGACCGGUUUUCAGAAAACAGACUGUCUCUAUUACAUUUGCUAACAUACUCUUGUUUACUGAUGAACUGAAGACGUUCCACGUAUCCGUUCCACGAACUAAUGCGCGCGAUCUGCGUUAUUGAAAAUCGUCGUAAAGCUUGUCAAUACCGAAGCGAUAUAGGACUACUCAUGAGAAGAGAUUGAACUGCCCUAACAGCAAAUACGAUCUGACGAAAUUGAAAUUGCCUCCGAAAAUUUUCUCCAGUAGAACGCGUCUGUUCUUCUCAAUCACUGACAUUUCCG